AUACUAUUAUUAAGGUGACCAUAGUCCCACUUUCGGACUCUGUCCUACUGUUGCUGACAAAAGCCUGGCGACACAAAAAUGUCCCUCGUUUCGUUUCGGUCGUGGUGUCUCCAACAAAAAGCGUACAAUUUUCGAACGACAUUGUUAGCAACCCCCCUCUUCAAACUUCUAAUCAUCGGCCAUCAAUGCAAAAAAAGAAGUGUAUUUACACAUUGUGCUUUCAUUUUAUGAUUGUAAACCAAAAUGUGUGCCUUUUGUGGUAGGUACAAGACCCCA